UAGUUGAUUAGUUAAAAUUAAUUUUGACCAAUUGGAGGUGGAGCUUUCUUUAUGGCCUGUGUACAUACAUUAAAAAAAAAUCUUUUAUUGCUUGAAUGGUUUUCCUAAUCACUCCUGUGAUUUCACUUUCUCAAUUUACAGUAAUUUCAUAUGCAUUUGACCCCUCAAAUGAUUACACAGUUGGUUCUGCUUCAUACAAUGGAGAGAAGGUGUCACCGGUUCAUUAUCACAAUUCUCUGGUUAGGCAGAACUAAUAAGGUUUGUCAUUUUAGGAAGAUGCAGAUGGGCCAGUUUAAUUCAACAAUAUGAAGUCCAUCUUUUGGUAAAUGGUAAAUAUCAUUUAAUUACGCAGAGUAUUGCUGAUGGGCAGCUGCCUGUCAGGUCCAGGGCUAAUACCUAAUUAUACUAUAUUCUAAAUAUGCACAUGUUGUAUACUUUUUGAAAUGAGGCUAUUAACUAAGGAAAUCAAUUUGGGAUGUGGUUUUUAGUAAGGUUUCACUUUGUUCCAUUAUAGCCUGUAGGGAAGAUAGGCAAAUUAGAUCCCACUUACUUUAUGAUGGAAGGCUUCCUUAGUUUAGAAGGCUACCAUUUUUUUAAAAAAAUGGGUCAUUAGGAUAUUUGUGAACUCAUUUGUCUUUGCUGUUUCUAUCUCCUUGAACAUUAACUCAGUCUAACCUAUGCCUAAAAGGAUUUUAGUGAAAAAUACAAAUUAUACUUCCUGCAAAGGGGAAACCAAACAUUUCUUCAAUGUUCAUAAAACAUUUCUUUCAAAGAGUAUUGCAGAUUUUAUUAUAAAAAUAAGUAAUUUUGUUUUUUAGUAAAAAUAAGUAAUUUUGUAGGUAAAUAUAGUAUAAUUUGAAUAUACAGUUUCAGAUGUCAUUUUUGGAGACUAAUGUUUUUAUUUACAUUUGUCAUGUUACUGCCCUUUGACUAAAUUCUUUCUAAAUUCCCUUAUGAUUAUUUGUAGAAAGGUAAAAGUUAACAUAAUUUAUGGCUAAAGCUUACAGUUAAAUCUAAUUGUGGAAAGCUUUCAGAUUCAAAGUUGUAAUUGUUGCUUGUUUACUGACUUUUUAUCUCUAUUACUUAAUUUGUUUCUAUUUCGGUUUUAUAGAUUUUCAGUGAUAGCAAAAUCUUUUAAGUUUGAAAUGCUUAAAAUAACAUUUUUGCUUGGAUUAAUUAGUCUUAUGAAUACUUUCUUUUUCUAAAUAAUUAGAAUAAUUAUUAUUAGAAUUGCUCCUUCUGAUCUUUUACAAUAAGGCUCUGUCAUUAUUUCCAUUGAGAAAAAAACUCAUCUUUUUUUAAUUUUUAAAUAUGUAGGUUGAAAUUUAGAACUCACCUGUUCUGUAUUAAAUGUAGGAGUUGCUGACUUUCAUUAGACGUUUAAGACAAAGACAUUUCAAAGAAAAUGAAUAUUUGUAUUUGUUUUGCUAGUUCACCUGUAUCUUAGAUUAUUUCUAUAACAUAUACAUAUAUGUAUUUAAAUGCUGUAGCUAGCUCUUAAGCAAAUAAAGUGAUUCACUUUUCCAUGUUUUUCACUUUAUUAAUUGCUGAUCCCUUUCCACAUAAAAACCACUGUAAUAAUCAUUGAUAAAAAUUUUUAUCUUUUAAGAAUCCAAAGUUUGUGACAAUAAUUUUUCUUUGUUUUCCAGAUUUAAAUAUAGCUUUUAUUAAUUUUAUGCUUGAUUAUAAUGGGUUUUAGAUUAGCACAGAAGCCUGUGACCCUUUUCUUUUAAUAUACAGUCUUAGUGAUAAAUACAUAUUCCUGCUGAUACAUGUUUUAAAUCAAAAACCCUUCACAUGACUAAACUGCAUAUUUGCGUGGUUUUAGUAAUCUAGUACUUUGGAAAAGUUGCUUUUCUCCGAAAAGGGACCUGACGAUAUUAUCUCUUACAUACAUUUUAAUAUGAAAAUACUUCAUUAUUUUGAAUACAAACAAUUGACAAGGUACACGUCCUUUGGGAACAACCUAGUUCAAGUGGCAAAUCUGUUUUGUCAAACAAUAGCCACCCUUCGGGAAAGAGCAAACCAUCUCUAUGGUAAUAGGACUAACAGUAGCCUAUUGAUUGAGUGGAAGAAGACGUUAUACAAUGUCAGCUGGCUUGUUACAUUUUCAUUUGUCGUAUGACCUGAACUUAACCUUUAAAACCUUCCUUCUGUGAAUAUAAACCCAACAGCAGGACGUGGUUUUUGUGCAGCCAUUACAGUGACGGCUUUUUUCCAGUCCUGGCACACAGUAAAUAUAUUCCUUUACAUUGACUCCUUCCCCAGAACUCGUUUAGGAGACAUUUCACUACUUUAUUCAUUUACCGACUGAUUCAUCAUUGCAUUUGGUUAUUGAAUAUCGAAGGGUUUUGAUCCAGGAAACAGUUGUAUUUUCUUUCCCCCAUCACUUAAGAGAACAUUACUGUACAUGUAGGAUUAGUGCUGACUGGUGUGCAGGAAAUUAAUUCUUUUAACAGGUUUAGGUUUUUUUCAGGUAAUUGUUCACAUAGCAUUCACUAUAUUUAGCUCUUGGGGUGGACAUAAAGACCUUCUGUACCUUUUCAACAAAGGUUGUAUUUCACAAGGAAAUUUCUGUUUAAAUAUGUUGAUGUAAAAAGCUCCAUUUUUUUCAGUAAACAUGACUUAGAUUGAAAGAACAAUUUAUUCGUUGUUUCCAAUUACUAUGUAAUUUUUGCUUUUCUUGCAUCUUUCUUUUGCUUUUAAAAGCCUUUAAGAUGUCAUUAACACUGCAUUUUUUGUCAAUCUUUCCUAAUGGUUGGCAAGAACUCUUUUCUUUGCCCUGAUGUAGAAAGCAUAUGAGUAAAACAGCACAUUGAAAGCUGUAUGUGUCACUGUAGUUUACUGAAUUAAAAAUAGUAAGACUGUGGCAGUUGUUUCUGUAUGUAUUUAUUGAUGUAUUGUUCCCUUUGGGGGUAUUUUAACGAAUGCAUUAUGUUAAGGGAGUUAUAAUCUAAUACAUUUCAUUUAUAGGAAAUAGUAUUCAUUUUAUUAAUGUGUACAUCUGUGCGCAUUUAAGACCAUGCUACAGUUAGUGAUUUAGAGGAACUAGGAUUUUCUCUUUUAAAGCCAAUGAAGUCAAUGAUUUUUAAGUUUGAUAGUAUGAUAUUUAAAGUGUUGUAUUUGAAAUUCACAAAUCCCAUUAAUAUAAAAAUUUAAGUUACGGGUAGCGUAAAUCACUAAUAUGGACAUCAUUUAGCUUUGCUUAGUACUUGAAUUUCAAACUCAUUUUCUAAGAAAACAUCAAACUAGGUCCUCCAUACUCAGUAAGGAAGGAGACCUGAGAUUACUCUCAGUAACAUCAACAUAACUUUAUUUCAUAUGUUCUGGAAUCCCUGAAAGAAUGGAGUCCAAUGAUAGCGUUGGAUGUAAAUUCUUUACCUGAGAGAAGAUUUAAAUUGCUUAUGAUCUCAGGUGAGGAUAUAUCUUCUGUCACGUCAUUUGAUAGUUACAGGGCAGGGAAUAUAUUCUCAACAGACUUGAGAGUCAGCAUACCUUUUUCAAACUAUUAUGGGCCGAAUGGACACAGAGAAGGAUUUCUUCAGCAGUAUUUGUUGCACACUUAUGUGAGUUGAAAGUAAAAUUCUUUUUGUAUUUACAAUCAACAUUCAGUGCUUAUUUUAAAGAAAGUAAGACAAAGUCACAAACUAUUAAAGUUUGUUAAUUAUUUUUUCUCAAAAGCACUGUUUAGGGAAACUUGCAUAAAGAAACUUUCUAAUACCAUGAACAUCCUACAAUAAGAAAUCCGAUCUCCUAAUGUCAGUAGCUUAGCUUCCCAGUUUGACCAUCUCCAGGUACACUGAAGAGAAAAAUAUAUGGGUGUUGAUCUUGUGAAUGGGAGCCAGAAGGCUUUCUGGCUCAUAUGCUGGAGGAAUCCUUGCUGCGGGGGUGUUUUCAUUUUCUCGUCUAACAUGGCAGUGGUCCAUUGCAGCAGAGGUUUUUAGCUUAAACAAUCUGUUUGUGGGGCUGCUUAUGGCUCUUACUGUACAUUUUGAGGAGGCAGCAACUUCACAAGAAAGAUCAAAGAUAGCUAAAAUUGGUGCUUUCUGCUGUGGCCUCAGCCUAUGUAAUCAGCACACAAUUGUACUCUAUGUUUUGUGCAUAAUACCAUGGAUUCUCUUUCGACUUUUAAAAGAGAAGGAACUCUCCCUGGGCUCCUUGUUGAACUUGAGUCUGUUCUUCUCUGCUGGUUUGCUGCCCUAUAUUUACCUUCCCAUCUCAUCCUACCUCCAUCAAGCUCGUUGGACCUGGGGAGACCAGACAACAUUGCUAGGAUUUUUGACACAUUUUCUCAGGGAAGAAUAUGGAACGUUCAGUCUGGCCAAAUCUGAAAUAGGAUCCAGUAUGUCUGAAAUAUUGCUAUCUCAACUGACAAAUAUGAGGACCCAGCUCUCAUUCAACAUUCAAGCCCUUGCAGUUUGGGCAAACAUAUGUUUAGCAAGAAAGGACAGACAGAACCCACCAUUAGCAUGGCUUUUUACUGGAAUGUUUUGCAUUUAUUCAUUGUUCUUUGCUUGGAGGGCAAAUCUAGAUAUUUCAAAACCACUUUUCAUGGGUGUGGUGGAACGAUUUUGGAUGCAGAGCAAUGCAGUGGUGGCUGUCCUCGCUGGCAUCGGUUUGGCUGCACUUGUUUCUGAGAGUAACCGGGUGCUGAACACCAAUGGGCUCCAGUUUCUGGAAUGGCUUUCAGCAACUCUUUUUGUAACUUACCAAAUAUAUUCUAAUUAUAGCAUUUGUGACCAAAGGACCAACUAUGUGAUCGAUAAGUUUGCAAAGAACCUUCUAGCCUCUAUGCCUCAGGAUGCGAUUAUCUUACUCAGAGGAGAUCUGCCAGGGAAUUCUCUCCGAUACCUGCAUUAUUGUGAGGGACUGAGGCCAGAUAUUUCUUUAGUGGAUCAGGAAAUGAUGACUUAUGAGUGGUAUUUACCCAAGAUGGCCAAACAUUUACCAGGUGUCAAGUUUCCUGGGAACCGGUGGAAUCCUGUGGAAGGAAUAUUACCUAGUGGAAUGGUCACAUUUAAUCUUUAUCAUUUUCUUAAAAUAAAUAAACAAAAAGAAACAUUUGUUUGCAUAGGAAUUCAUGAAGGUGACCCAACCUGGAAAAAGAACUAUUCGCUCUGGCCAUGGGGUUCUUGUGACAAAUUAGUUUCUUCGGAGAUUGCAUUCAACCCUGAGGAGUGGAUUAAACUUACGAGAAAUAUCUAUAACUGGACUGAAGAAUAUGGAAGGUUUGAUCCAUCUUCUUGGGAAUCUGUGGCCAAUGAAGAGAUGUGGCAAGCAAGGAUGAAAACUCCGUUCUUCAUCUUUAACCUGGCAGAAACCACAAGUUUGCCUUCAGAUGUGAAAGCUCAGCUCUACACUCACGCAUAUAACCUUUAUAAGGAGAUUGUCUAUUUACGAAAGGAGCACCCAGUGAACUGGCACAAGAACUAUGCCAUCGCCUGUGAGCGGAUGCUGCGCCUUCAGGAAAGCGGUGCAGACCCUGAAGUCUUGUUAUCUGAAACCAUCAGACAUUUCCGUCUCUACACCCAGAAAGCACGGAAUGAUCCACAGCUGGCUGAUAUUUCAGCCGCGCUAAAGCACCUAAGAAAAGAACUGCAAAGUCUGAGAAAUAGGAAAAAUGUCUGACAUAGCAAACUGUGAAAAACCUGUUCGGUGUUCAGCUUCCAAAAUUCUGAAGUCCAGAACUUUUUCCUCCAAGAAAAGAAAUGGUAUAAAAAAUGGAAGACUCAUCUGUCUCCCAUGUAACACGGUGCAGCAGUACUGUUUCACGGGGGUCUUAACGACGGACGUGCUAUUUAUGCAAAUUCUGUUUAGCCCAUGUUACUGAAUUAGCAUUUCAGUGAGAAUAUUGUGAAAAAUCUUCCUGCUUUCACAAUCUCUAGCCAAAUGACUUGCUUGACUAGAUUCUAGAAGAGAAUGAACUAUUUUUAUAUACUUAAAAUAUUGACAUGAAUCUUAAGGGCCCUGCUUAUUGGAAUUGGUAUUGAAGUUAAAUUCUUAAAAUACUAAUACCAGAGCAAAGACAUUCGCUGUUUCCCAGAAGUGAAAUCAUUUUUUUUUAAGAAUGAAUCUUGUUACACUUCAAGUUAGAAUACCUUUUUUUUUUUUUUUUAAGUAACUGUGGUUGUUACAUAAUCUCACACUUCAAGCUAAAAACCAACUGGGUGAUCUUUUGAAAGAAGUUGGGGUUUUGUCUUAAAUCAUCCUUCGAAAUCACUAAAAAAUUCAGCUAAUUGUUUGCUUUUUUCAGUUGCUUAAACUGAUUGGCAAGUAAAAAGGAUUUUGUCGUUCCUUAAUUAAUUUUAUAUUCAUGUUUUACUUCUAUUUGGGCUCAUAAAUCUGGGCCCAAUAAUUAGUAGGCUCCUGCUACUAAUGCCAAAAAAAAAAAAAAAAAAAGCGGGAGUCAGGGGUAGGGAAGUGGUUCAAUAAAUUCAUUUCUGUUACAAGCAUCUUUUAUACAUAUUACUAAAGAGAACAUAGUAAGAAAUGCAAAUAAUAGUUCUUUAUUUUAUUAUGACAGUUAAUUAAUAGCAACCUGUUUUAAUGAAUAAAGUCACUCAGAGUCCUUCAGCACUUCCUAAGUAGAGGCCCGAAUCCGUAGGGAUUCUUUUCCCCCCAAUUGUAUAGCUCCUAGACUCCAAGCACUAUAUAGGCCCCUGUAUAGAAAUGCUCACUAAUGAAGAGGGAGGGCUAGAAGCUUGUCUGCAUUCAAAGAUCACUGGUGAGUCAUUCAGCAAGAAAAGGCCCCUUACCAGGAAUAGUCACAGUUCCGUGGCAUUGUACUAGCGAAAGCGUCUGAUCAAAGGUCUCCUGUGGAGCUUGCAUGGUUCCCUUUCAUACUACGACCAUAAUUAAAACCACUAAUUCUCUUUUAAAAUGCUGCAGGAUGCCAUGUAGGCAUCUGUCUGGAGUGUCCUUUGUGAUGUCAUAAGCUGUUAAGGACCAGUGCCGAGGGCUUUUGAGUGAAAUGCCAGUCAUGAAGGUGCUUCAAGACAAGGGUGCCUCUAAAAGCUUGACAGGGCCUUGACUGCACAAUUCGAGCUGAAUUUGCCCCUUGUCAGCUGCCAGUAAAUAAAUCUCAAAGGGGGAAAAGCUGAAGUUUCAUUACCUGAUCCAUGGGGCUUUGUUGGUUUUGGCAUCACACAGGGGAAGCUCUUGCCCCUCCAUUCUCUGGAUUUGAAGAUGUCCAUUGGAGCCUGCAGUGCCUGGACAGGGUUCAGAGCGGAACCUUUUGAAGAGUGUCAAUAGUUGUAACAGUUCAGCUGUUAGGAAGACAAAUAAAUGGAGGAGCUCAUUAAUCCGCUUUUGGCUCUCGGUGCCUUUUGCCCUUUUAUCACAGCCUUAUUAGGCUCCUACUCAUCUUGAACCAGAAAAAAAUGAAUUGAAGUUGUUGAGUACUAAUUGGCAAAGACUUUUAAUCAUGGGCCAAGAACUUUCACUGACUUGAAAGUAACUUCUCCACAGGGAAGAACCAAAAACCUGGUUUACCUUAAAACAAAAACCUGUUGGAGUUCAGUGUGGUGUAAAAAUUUAAGGAAGCAUCAAUAAAUUGUCUAAGUUGAUCCAUUUGAAAGAAUUGUGUAAGAUUAUGAUUUCCACUUUUCUUUUAAACAGCUACAAUAAAAUUCAAAUAUACAUUCCCCAGAAA